AUGGCAGCUACAACUGUCACUAGUGCAAUCCCUAAUCCCCCAGUUCUUAACCAGUAUAACUAUCAAGAUUGGAGUUUCCGGGUUAAACUCUACUUGUUAGCUGAAGAUCUUUGGGACGUUGUGGAAGCCACCACUGAACCUCCUAAAUCAGAAGAUGGUGAAGCUGAUUUUAAGGCUUGGAGGAAGAAAGAUGCCAAGGCUUUAAUUGUAAUCCAGAAUUAUUGCGGGUCUGCUAAUUACUCUUUAAUCUGGGGCACUAAGACCGCCAAAGCUGCCUGGGAUACUUUGGCCGAAAAGCUAAACCCAGCUCAAGAGGAGUUGUUUCCGUUGGUGCCACGGGAAGACUUGAUUAUCAAUCCGACGUCGAAUGAUGGAUAUCCAAUAAAAACUUUGGAAGGAAAUGAGAGUAACACCAGCGUCUUCAAUGAGUUCGCCCUCCAUCAACCCUUCAUUGAUAGUGUGACAGAGGGUGAUUGGGAUUUAGCGAAGGAGUAUCUUAGUCGAAAUCCCGAAGCAAUCAGAGAAAGAGGUUCAACAUACGGUUUGACAGCUCUUCACAUGGCAGUUGCGCUUGAAAAUGUAAAUAUGGCGAAAGCGUUGGUGGAGUCGAUGACGGAGGAAGACUUGGAAAUACAGGACGCUAAUGGUCUAACAGCUUUUACCCACGUUGUGAGUAGAGGAAUCACACAAUUGGCUAAGUGCAUAAUUGAAAAAAACAAGAAACUGCUUAGCCUUCCAUCUCCUCCAGACAACUUAAUUCCACUUGUCUGGGCUUAUAGCAUCGGCCAUUGGGAAUUGGCUCGCUACCUCUAUUCUGUUACUCCACUCGAAGCUCUGUUGCAAGACGACGGCUGCGGUGGCGCUGAGAUUGUUUCGGAGAGUUUUAGGGCCAAAAAAUUAGAUAUUGCAUUGGAUUUAAUUCGGCGUUGCCCAAACUUAGCCGUUGCUAAAAACUACUCUGGAUUGACCCCUUUGCAAAUGUGCGCUAGUACGCGUUCUGGAUUUUUAAAUGGAAUGCAUCUCAAAUUUUGGCAACAAUGGAUUUAUGACUGUAUGGGUAUACUGCGAGGACUUGUUCCAAAUCCCCGUAAACUUUUUGGAAUUAAUCACAUAUAUAAGAUGAAAUGGACCCACGAAAGAACAUCUGAAAUUCUACACUCCAUGUGCGAAGUGAUAGAGGGUAAAAGUGUUAAACAACUGCGAGGAAGUGUCGUGGAAGCAGCAAUCUUCGAAGCCAUUAAACAAGGGCAUGUUGAGUUUGUUCGUGAGAUGUUUAUAGCAAACCAAGCAGCGAGUGGGCUCAUUGGUGAAAAUGGGAAGAGCAUGCUUCAGUUUGCCAUUGAAUGUCGUCAAGAAAAAGUCUAUUUCUUUUUAUAUAAAUUUACCGGAGUAGUGCCUAAUUGGUUAACGAGUAUAGAUCAGUUUGGCAAUACGUUGCUACAUGCAGCAGAGAGUUUAUCCCCAAUUGCACAGCUUAAUCAUAUCCAAGGUGCGGCUUUGCAAUUGCAGAGAGAAUUACAAUGGUUCAAGGAGAUUGAAAAAAUUGUACCUCCCAAGAUUCUUGAGGUUGUAAAUGUUACAGAUGGCAUGACAGCACGUGAUUUAUUUACUAAGAACCACAAAGAGUUGGCGAAAGAAGGAGAAAGAUCAAUGAAAGAGACAGCAACUUCUUGUACGGUUGUAGGUGCGCUUAUCAUUACCAUCAUGUUUACUGCAGCAUUCACAGUUCCAGGUGGAAACAACGGAAAUACAGGCAUGCCCUUGUUCUUAGAUAAAAAGUUGUUUCAGGUCUUUAUAGUUUCUGAUGCCCUAUCACUCUUUUCUUCCACGACUUCUGUAAUGACAUUUUUGGGAGUCCUCACCUCACGCUAUGCCGAAGCUGAUUUCCUUAAAUCAUUGCCAACGAAAAUGAUUAUAGGCCUUUUCACCCUCUUUUUCUCCAUAGCCACCAUGAUGAUUGCGUUUGUUUCUACCCUUUUUAUUAUGUUGGGUGAAAAUUCAUGGAUUGUGAUUCCAAUCAUUUUACUUGCUAGUGCUCCAGUCGUCUCCUUUGCAUGGAUGCAAUUUCCCCUCCUUGUUGACAUCUUCAUUUCUACUUAUGGAGUAGGAAUAUUUGCCAAAAGAGGCAAACCUUUGGCAGCAACAGACUCCUUUUGA